UCUUCAUUGAAACUCUGACUCUUGUCAGAUUUACCCUUAUACAUGUAGACAGGACGUCAAGUUUGUAUGGCCGCCUACAGAUCUUCCAAGGCAUGAGAUGGGUUAACAAGCUGAGGACGAGGGAAAUUUUCACUUUUGCCUUGAAGUGACCAUUGGAUUAUAGCAAGAAAUUAUAGCAAGAGAUUAUAGCAAGAAAAUCUACUUUACGUUCAUCAGAUCAUUUCUCAUAGACAUAUGCUGUUCUUGUCUUAUGAAAAUAAGACUAAUUCUUACUAAGGACAUUGGAAGUUUUUCAGCCAAACAGACUCCAAGGCAUCCAUAGCAAUGAGAUUCAGACCUAGGCAUACCCUCUCUCAUGAUGAGGCGGUCCAACAGGCGAUGAAGCGUAACAAGUUCAACGAGAACGUCCAGACUUCUUUCUUCAUCACGCUCGUCAACAACGGACUUCCUCUGGUACUGUUCGUAGCUGUGGUUGCGACCUGCGUCUACACUCGAUCCUUUUACAAGGCUGGAUACCUGUUGGCUUCUAUUGCUGCAUUUCUGUCCAUUGCGUACACGAUCUGGUACUUCGUAUCAUACCUGUGCGUCUAUGUCAUCUUGUACAUCAAGAAGAUUGUGAUAAACACAUUCAGCCAAGGCCAUAGCAUUCAAACUCAGAAAGAUAAGAAGCUGUGAAUUCUUUUUGAAUGUAAUCUGAAAGACACAGGUCUGGAAAUGUCAAGAACAGCCAAGUGGACUGUGCGGCUUUCUGCUCCCCAAGAAUCUCCAGUCCUGGGAUCAAUGCGGAAACGGUCCACAAACUAUCAUGAGUAUGACCGAAGGCGACAGAAACAAAGAAGAGAUGCUCUUAGAAAAGACGAUAGUGAGGCAGCUAAAGUUAAGAAGGAGAUGGAGAGAGAAGCUGCACGAAUCCGGCAGCAGAGGAGGCGACAGAAGCUGAAAGAGCAAGGAGCAUCGAGCCAAGGAAAGAAACAAGUCCUGCAAGCGAAAAAGGCGGAUCCCGGAUCUCGAAAAGCUUACUUCAGAGAAUAUCGAAGAAAGUGGAGAGCUUCAAUUUCAGUAGAGAAGCAGCAGACUAUUAAAGAAAAGGAAAGAGAAAAGUAUAGAAAGAAAAGGCAGAAUAGAAAUAGAGAGAUGAGAGAGGAGACUGAAGUUUGCCUUGAUAAAGUGGAAUCUGGUCUUGCCUUGGAAAAUGAUGCAGAGUCUGAAUACGGGAAAGAAGUAUCUGAAUCGAAAGAUCAAGAUCAAAGAAGAGAUUUAGAUGCUAUUUUCCUGAAGCAGAGUCUGCAUGAGAAUACAGAGACACACCCAGAGUAUGAGGUCUAUCGUGUGAUCCAUGUAAAAGAAGAAACUCCUGAGUCUGCCUUUCUCGAUGAGAUGGAAUGGCGUAAGCUUGAAGAAUCACAUCAGAACAGGAAACCAGAUGCGACUUAUGAAGAGCAGAGAGUGGAUGAGAAUACAGAGACACAACGGUGUGAGAAUCAAGUGUGUCACAUCCAUAUUAAAGAGGAAUCUCCUGAUCUUGCCUUUCCAAUAAGUAUUGUGGAGUCUGACCAUAGGACACACAAAGCGAAAGAGCAAAAACAAGGCAGGGAUUCAGAGGAAUCCCAUCCUCGGCAUGUUCAAGUUAAACAAAUGGUCUCUAAGUUAGUGAAACAUCAGAAGAAGAAGUAUUUGGAACAAGUUUUGUGUAUACAAAGAGAUAGGCAGAAUCUGUAGAAACAGUCCAUUCAAUUUUAUGUUCAAACUAAAUGGCCCGAAUUCACAAAGGUGGUUUUGAAAACCCAUGGUUGAAUCCUUGGUUUAUGCAGAUUUCCUGUAUAAAUUGCGCUUAAUCUACCGCGUAUUCGGCACGUAUAUAAAAAAAUGUCCAAUGCUGAUGCGCGCUUUUGUCACAGUGCGCCAAAUUGACGCCUGUU